AAAAACAUGGAGAUGAGUUUCUAUACAAAGAGAAAGCCACAUGUUGUGCUGACUCCAUUUCCAUUCCAAGGCCAUAUCAACCCAUUGUUCAAACUAGCAAAGUUGCUUCACCUAAGAGGCUUCCACAUAACCUUUGUUCACACUGAGUACAACCACAAACGCUUGAUCAAAUCAAGGGGUCCUAAUGCACUUGAUGGCCUCUCAGACUUUCAAUUUGAGACCAUCCCAGAUGGUCUUUUCCCCAUUGAUGACAUUCAUGAUGUUACACAACAUGUAGUGUCUCUUUGUGAAUCAAUAAGAGAACACUUCCUCCAACCAUUUCGUGAUCUUAUUGCAAGACUUAACCAUUCUGCUACCCCAGUUACUUGCUUGGUGUCGGAUUCUACCAUGCUCUUUACUAUACAAGCUGCUCAAGAACUUGCACUCCCUAUUGUUCUAUUUCAUCCAGCAAGUGCAUGUUCGUUGUUGUCUUUUUCGCACUUUUCUACUAUGGUUGAUAAAGGUCUCAUACCACUCAAAGAUGAAAGUUAUCUGACAAAUGGGUAUUUGGACACUAAAGUAGAUUGGAUUCCAGGUAUGAAAAAAUUUAGACUGAAGGACAUGCCUGACUUUGUAAGGACAACAGAUCCAAAUAACUUUAUGGUACAAUAUCUCAUUGAAGUGGCACAUAAUGUGCACAGAGCCUCUGCUGUUGUUUUUAACACCUUUGAUGAACUUGAGAGUGAUGCGUUGAAUGCUCUCUAUUCUAUGUUCCCUUCUCUUUACCCCAUUGGCCCUUUCCCUUCAUUUUUAAAUCAAAGUUCAAACACCCACUUGGUAUCUUUAGGUUCCAAUCUUUGGAAGGAAGAUACUGAGUGUUUUGAAUGGCUUGAAUCCAAGGAACCAAAGUCUGUUGUUUAUGUGAAUUUUGGCAGCUUGGCAGUUUUGUCCCAAGAGCAACUCUUAGAGUUUGCUUGGGGUUUGGCCAAUAGCAAGAGACCCUUUUUGUGGAUCAUUAGGCCUGAUCUUGUCAUUGGAGGCUCAGUGAUUUUGUCAUCUGAGUUUGUCAAUGAAACUUCAAAUAGAGGCCUAAUAGCAAGUUGGUGUCCACAAGAGCAAGUGUUGAACCACUCUUCAAUUGGUGGAUUCUUGACUCAUUGUGGAUGGAACUCAACCAUUGAAAGCGUUUGUGCAGGAGUGCCAAUGCUGUGUUGGCCCAUUGCUGCUGAUCAGCCAACAAACUGUAGAUAUAUUUGCAAUGAAUGGGACAUUGGUAUUGAAAUUGAUUACAAUGUGAAGAGAGAAGAGGUGGAGAAACUAGUCAAUGAAUUGAUGGUGGGAAAGAAAGGAGAGAAGAUGAGGCAAAGGAUAUUGGAGUUGAAGAAGAGGGCAGAAGAGGACACUGGACCCGGUGGUAGUUCAUACAUGAACUUGGACAAAGUUAUUAAUGAUGUUUUGCUUAAACAUUAUUAG